CCACCGUCUCUCCUCCUCUCCUCACUAUCUUCUUCUCCUAUUCACCUUCUUCUUCCUCACCCAUCUCUCUCUCUCUAGGGAUGGACCUCCUCUCUCUCUCCGCUCCAUCCUCACCUCACUUCCUCCCUCUCAAACCCUCCCUCCAUGUCCCCAAACCACCCCCUUCUCUCUCCCUCAAACCCCACGCGCCACCUCCUCCUCUCUCCUCCCUCAAAACCCAUCUCGCUCCCUCCCUGAAACCCCGCCGGGCAGCCGCCGCCUCUGCCUCCGCCGUCUCGUCGGCCCCUCAGACCCCCGCCACGGCCAUGAGGGGCGCCGAGGCCGACGCCAUGGGGCUCCUCCUCAAGGAGCGCAUCGUCUUCCUGGGGAGCGGCAUCGACGAUUUCGUCGCGGACGCGAUUAUCAGCCAGUUGCUCUUGCUCGACGCUCAGGACCACACUAAGGACAUUCGGCUCUUCGUUAAUUGUCCCGGUGGCUCACUUAGUGCUACAAUGGCAAUAUAUGAUGUCGUACAGCUUGUGCGAGCUGAUGUUUCAACUGUGGCUCUUGGCAUUUCAGCGUCAACAGCUUCCAUAAUACUUGGUGGAGGCACUAAAGGGAAGCGUCUUGCAAUGCCAAAUACUCGCAUAAUGAUUCAUCAACCUCUUGGUGGUGCAAGUGGGCAAGCUAUAGAUGUGGAAAUUCAAGCCCGAGAAGUUAUGCAUAACAAAACUAAUGUCACCAAGAUUAUUUCUUCUUUCACUGGACGUCCAUUCGAACAGGUUGAAAAAGAUAUUGACAGAGAUCGGUACAUGUCUCCAAUUGAAGCUGUUGAGUAUGGAAUCAUUGAUGGCGUAAUUGAUAGAGAUAGUAUUAUUCCUUUGAUGCCCGUGCCUGAAAGGGUGAAGUCCAGAUUGAAUUAUGAGGAGAUCAGUAAGGACCCUAGGAAAUUUUUGACACCAAAUAUUCCUGAUGAUGAGAUAUACUAGUGCGGUUGGGAAAUACAGCAUGAUGAGUGAGCUACCUUCUCUUUUAUAUGAAGCUGGAUAUUCUGCGACGAUGGAGAAGAUACUGGAACUUAUCAUCUGUAUCCCUGGCAAAUUUGCCUUACCAGGUUCCAUCACACCUUGGAUUUAGGAAGAUAAUAUUCUCCUUCUGGGUUCAUGGUGGCGCAUGCAGCUUUUGCAAGUUGAGCUUCAACACUUCAGUGUAGCAUGGCAUAGUUGGGUUGAUGGGCAAACUCAUUAUCGUCUGAAAUUCGAGGGCAUUGGUUUACAUCGCCUCCGUUCAAAUGUAACUUUUUGUGAUAUUUGCCUACCAUAUUUGGCACAUUACUUGAAUUCUGCACCUUAUUAGGUUUUUCUUAGUUUUUGGAAUCUUGUUGAUUUA